AUGACUGAUCCAUUUUCUAUUACAGCCGGGGCUGUGGGGUUUUUAUCACUCGGAAUCCAAGUCUCUGGGAAUCUGCUCGAGUUUUACUCCUCAUACAAAAAUCGAGAUGCAGAUUUAGCCAAGAUCACAGAUAAGCUGGAAGAGCUCCUCGGCAUUUUCAAGUGCCUUGAUAGCGCUCUAAAGAAUGGCCUUCCUACGACUAAGGCGCUAUCCCACGAACUCGACAAGGUGGUAGUGAGCUGCAGUGAAAUCAUCGAUGAGCUACAGACCAGAUGUGAAAGAUUUCAACAAGAGCCAGGUUCGAGUCUUAAAGGAGCACUACAUGUUCACGGGCUUCGGGUGGCCUACCCAUUUCGGAAAAGGACAUUGCGGGCGCUUGAAGUCGAUAUCGCCGAGAUGCGGAGCAACUUGUCUCUUGCGUUGGAUGUUCUACAACUUGAAAAUCAAAAAACUGUCGGAGAUCGGAUUGAUGAUUUAAAGCUUCUUCUCGAACGCACCAACGCCCUUCAAGUUUCCUCGACAAUUCAUGAUUGGCUUAAAGCUCCAGAUGCCACCGUUGAUCACAAUUCUGCUUCUGCCAAACAUCACCCAAUGACAGGCCUAUGGUUUCUCGAAAGUCAUCAAUUUCAAGAAUGGCUCGUCACCAAUGACUCUUUUCUUUGGAUCAAUGGCUUUGCUGGAUCCGGUAAAUCCGUCUUAAUGUCGACGACAAUUCAGCAUACAAUCCGUACCAAACAGCAUCAGUUUGGUGUUGGAAUUGCCUUCUUCUACUUUUCUUUCGGCGAUGUCUCUAAAAGAACCAGUUACAGUAUGCUAAGUGCACUGCUGCUGCAGCUUUCCACGCAAAAUGAAGACGGACAAAAAGAUCUGGAACAACUCUACCAAACCUAUAAUUCGCAAAAACCUCCGUUGGACGCUCUUUUAGACUGUCUUCGAUUAUGUCUCUCCCGCUUCUCGCAAAGUUAUCUUUUUAUCGAUGCCUUGGAUGAGAGUCUUGAAGGCCCCGUACGAGAGAUGGUACUAAGCGCCAUUAGAAGAAUGCGUCAGUGGAACAUGCCUACUAUUCACCUCUUGGUAUCCAGCCGCGAUGAGGUUGACAUUCGUCAAUCCUUGGGUGUCUCUGAGGAUCAGGACAUUUCAAUCAGAAAUUCACAUACUGACCGUGAUAUUCUCAAUUUUGUUGCUUACGAACUGGAGAGUGACCCAAAGCUUCGAAAAUGGCACCGACGUCACCACGAGAUUAGGGAAAAACUGGUAAAGCAAGCCGAGGGAGUAUUCAUAUUUGUUGCAUGUCAACUGUCUUCACUUCGAAAGGUUUUGAUUGGGAACCAGCUCGACGAGUGGUUACGUUCUUUGCCUCGUGAUUUGGACGAAACGUAUAAACGAACGCUCUGCAAUAUUGAAGCUAUUUACACCGAGGAUGUCCGGCGCAUUUUAACAGCUCUGUGUAUUUCUGACCGGCCACUCACCAUCACGGAACUCAUUGGGGCGAUCGCAGUCAAUUUUAGUGAACCACCCCAAAUCGACUCCGAGGGCCGAUCAUAUGACCCAAAUGAUCUGUUUGGUAUUUGUGGCAUCUUAGUAGAGCCCGCAGUCAUUGAAACGUAUUACGGGCAAGCGAUUGUUGCUCGUAUCGCGCAUUUCUCACUACGAGAGUAUCUACAAUCCGACCGCAUGCUUCAGCAAAAGGCGAAACAAUUUGGGAUUCGCCAAGACCAUGCGAAUGCUGAGAUGGCUCAGACCUGCCUUGUUUAUCUUUCGGACCCGAAUCUCUCCGUUGAAAUGUCAAAUGAAAUGAGGAUCGCACAAUUUCCUUUCGCUAAAUAUGCCGCGCAAUAUUGGUAUCAUCAUUACGAACGUACGACAGCAAGGAGACCUCAUCUGGAAGCCCUCGCUUUGAGGUUAUUCCAAAACAAAGCAUCUUUUGCGGCCUGGGUAAAUCUGCAUGACUUUGACUCAGGAAUGCUUCUGGUUGUCUUCGAACGUCCUUUCCACCAAAUGCCGCCCCCAAUCUAUUAUUCAGCCUUACUGGGACUCGAAAAUGUAUUAAAAGCCCUAAUCAAAGCCAGUCCAAACCAGCUUCUGCGAGAAAGUUCUCUGAAUGAUAAUACAGGACAUCAUGGCUGCGCCCUGCAGGCUGCUUCCUUUGAGGGUCAUGAGAGUGUGGUGCAAACGUUGCUUGAAUAUGGCGCUAACCCGAAUGUCCAAGGUGGAUACUCCGGUAAUGCGCUUCAGGCUGCCUCGUAUAAUGGCUAUGAGAGGAUCGUGCAGAUGCUUCUUGAAAAAGGUGCCGACCCCAAUAUUCAAAGUGAGAAUUUCGGGGGCGCCCUUCAAACGGCUUCCCGCAGAGGACAUAAGAAUAUUGUGCAGAUGUUUCUUAAGAGAGGCGUGGAAGUUAAUGCCCAAACAGCAUUAGGUGCAACCGCACUACAGGCUGCUUCCUUUGAGGGCCAUGAGAGUGUGGUGCAAAUUUUGCUUGAACAUGGCGCUGACCGGAAUGUCGGAAAUGCGCUUCAGGCUGCCUCGCGUAAUGGCCAUGAGAGGAUCUUGCGGAUGCUACUUAAGAGAGAUGCUGAUGUCAAUCUGGGAACUGUUGAUAGCAAUGCACUUUUGGCUGCCUCGCUUAUGGGACAUGAGGGCUGUGUGCAGCUGCUGCUUGAGCAGGGUGCGAAUGUGAACGUUCAACUCGGACGAAAUGGUAGCGCGCUUGUAGCCGCUUCGUCUGGAGGCUUCGAGAAUAUUGUGAAUAUUUUGCUUGAAAAAGGUGCCAACGUCAAUGGCCGAGGAGGGAGAGGCAGCACUGCUCUCCAAGCUGCAUUAUCUAAAGGUCAUGUGAAAAUUGUGCAGCGGCUUCUCGACGAAGGUGCUGAUCCGAAUAUCCAGGGUGGGGUCUUUGGCAAUGCACUCCAAGCUGCAUCAUCUAUGGGCAAUGAGAAGAUUGUAGAGAUCCUACUGGAGCAAGGCGUUGACCCUAGUGCUCAAGGCGGAAAAUACGGCGAUGCGCUUCAAGCCGCGUCUGCGGGGGGCUAUGAGGGGAUAGUGCAAAUGCUACUACAAAAGGCUGCUGAUGUUGACGCUCGAGGCGGGCUUUAUGGUAGUGCACUACAGGCUGCAUGCUUGGGAGGUUAUGAGAAAAUCGUGCGGGUGCUGCUCAAAGAAGGCGCCAAUGUAAACGCUCGAGGUGGCGAAUAUGGCAACGCAUUACAGGCUGCAUCUUAUAGAGGCAACGAGAGCAUUGUGCAAUUACUGCUGGAUAAAGGGGCCGAUGUCAACGCUCGAGGUGGCGAAUAUGGCAAUGCAUUACAGGCUGCAUCUUAUACAGGCAACGAGAGCAUUGUGCAAUUACUGCUGGAGAAAGGGGCCGAUGUCAACGCUUCAGGUGGCGACUUUGGCAAUGCACUGCAAGCUGCAUCCUAUCAAGCCCACAAAAACCUUGUCCAUUUAUUGCUCAAGAAAGGUGCCGAUGCCAACGCUCAAGGUGGAAUGUGUGGUAAUGCGCUUCAAGCAGCAUUAUAUGAAGGCUUUUUGGAGGUUAACGAGAUCAUCGAGAUGCUGCUUACGAACGGUGCAGAUGUCAACGCCCAGGGUGGAGAGUACGGCAACGCACUUCAAAUGGCAUCGCAUGGAGGCUACGGAAAUAUUGUUCAGAUGCUACUGGAUCGAGGAGCAAAUGUCGACGCUCAAGGCGGAGAGUACGGCAGCGCACUCCGAGCCGCAUUUUAUGAAGGUCAUGAGGACAUCGUGGAGAUGUUACUACAGAAAGGUGCUGACAGGUCUGAGCUCGAAGAUCUUGCGUAG